GAAAAUAAUAAUAAAGCACGGUCAUGAGUUGAGGGAAGCUGAAAUUUACUUGUAGAAACAAGGCCAUACUAAUUGCCUCAAAAUGGCAAUAUAUCACAGACUCAUCCUUCUUGGGAUUUGCUUAUGUAUUUCAUCAACAUCUGUCUCAUCGUAUAGCGAUCCUGUGAUCAAUCCCAAGCAAAUUAUGAUCGGAGCUGUGCUUAGUUCCCAAGAAAGUGAGGAUGUAUUUCACCAGGCUGUUAGAGAUCUGAAUCGGGAACUAGGGGCGCUACCCCAAGGUGUUGUUUUUAAUGCCACGUCUUUAGUCAUGCAAGAGAAUCCAAUUCGUGCAGCUCAGUCCACAUGUAGCAAUUUACUCUCAAAGCAGGUUUAUACAGUAUUAGCCAGUCAUCCGCCAAGUCAGGAGUUGUCACCCAUAGCUGUAUCGUUCACUUGUGGAUAUUAUAUGAUUCCUGUAAUUGGACUCUCUGCCAGAGAAAGCAUCUUUUCUGAUAAGGGAAUACAUCCAUUUUUUAUGAGGACGGUCCCACCAUUCUCUGAACAGGCAGAGAUUUGGGUGAACUUGGUGCGUCAUUUUAAAUGGAAGAGCGUUAUAUUCCUCCACACAGCCGAUCACGAUGGCAGAGCUAUUUUGGCAGAAUUUCAAAACAGAAUGGACUACAAAAAUAUGAAGAUUGAAAAAACCAUAGCAUUGACUCCAGGUUUGGAUAGCUAUAUGUCUGAGCUGUUGGACACAGAUAUCAUAGAGUUAACUACUAGGGUUAUCCUACUAUAUGCUGAUCGAGAAGAUGGCCAGAAUAUCAUACGUGAUGCUGUAGCAUUGAAUCUCACCCAGCCUGGUUAUGCUUGGAUAGUAACAGAGCAACUUCUCACACUACCAGAUGUACCCAUAGGUUUCCUAGGGGCAAGCCUAGUAGACUGGAUGGAAGAAGAAAAACACAUUAGAGACAGUCUACAAAUAAUUGCUAAAGCUUUCCAGUCUAUCUACAUGAAUCCAAAAGUUUCACUAAUUGAGGCUCCUACAGAUUGUGAGGCUUACCCAUGGGUAGAAGAGGAUGAGACUGUGCUUGGAGGAGAGUUGGUCUACGAUGAAUUGAUAAAGCAAGUCCUUGAUUAUGGGCAAACUGGAAGCAUUAAGUUCUCUAAGGAUGGGGAUAGAGUUCAACCGCUGUAUAACAUUGUCAACAUCCAGGAAAAUGGUCCUGUUGUCAUUGGAAAAACCUAUGUUAGGGAAAUUAGACGCACGAAACAAUUAACAGUUAACAUGGAUAACUCGAGUUCAAUAAAAUGGCCGCCAAAUAUAGAUGAUGUACCAAAAGGGAUUAAACUGGAAACUCGUCUUAAGGUUGUGACCAUAGCAGAGACACCAUUUGUGUAUACCAAACCUCUAUCUGAAAUGGAAUCUUGUAAUGUGGAGGAUGGAAGAGUCCUCUGUCCAUUCAAAAAUCAAACAACUGGAAACACAACGGAGAUGUGUUGCGAGGGCUACUGCAUUGAUUUGUUGAUCCAACUUGCAUUGAACAUCAGUUUUACUUUUGAUCUCCAUCUUGUGUCGGAUGGACAAUAUGGCAGUUAUGAACGGAUAAAUGGUUCCAACACUAAGACAUGGAAUGGUAUGGUACAAGAAGUAAAGGAAGGGAAGGCAGACCUCAUCAUGGCUCCACUAACAAUUAACCCAGAGAGAGCUGAUCAUAUCGACUUUUCAAAGCCAUUCAAAUAUCAGGGCUUGAGGAUUCUUGUCAAAAAGGAAAAUACACAAUCUGGUCUUGGUUCAUUCCUGCAACCUUUCAAAAACACACUUUGGAUCUUGGUGGCACUCUCAGUCCAUGUGGUAGCACUAGUGCUCUAUUUACUCGACAGAUUUAGUCCAUUUGGCCGAUUUAAGCUGGCAAAGUCUGAUGAUACUGAAGAGGAUGCAUUGAAUCUUUCCAGCGCCCUCUGGUUUGCUUGGGGGGUGCUGCUUAACAGUGGCAUUGGGGAAGGUACCCCAAGGAGCUUCAGUGCUCGGGUAGUAGGGAUGGUGUGGGCAGGAUUCGCUAUGAUCAUUGUGGCCUCUUACACUGCUAACUUGGCUGCUUUCCUGGUGCUUGACAGACCCAAGGCUUCUAUAUCUGGGAUUGAUGAUGCCAGGCUUCGCAAUCCCCAAGACAAAUACACAUAUGCUACAGUGAAAAACAGUGCAGUGUCAAUGUACUUCAAACGCCAAGUGGA